UCUCCACUGAGGCCAGCACAGAGCCAGAGAGGAGGGACUGUUUGCAGCUCUGAGAGCCAGCUGUCGUUCGCUCAGAGCUGCGUCUAUUCUCUCCCUGACUCCCUCGUUCUCCACUGGCCUCAUCACUCCAUGGGACUCCAGACCUGGCCGCCAAGCAAACCACCUCUGUCCUCUAUGGCCUGCCUUGAUGUGGAGACCCCUUCCAUCUGCAGGGGUAAAUUCAAAUCAGUCCUCCAGCUCUGUCUGCAGCAGAGAAGAAGUCGGGAGCAGCUUGUGGAGCAAGGCAUCAUGCCGCCCCUGAAAACGCCUGCUGCCUUUCAUGAGCAGAUCCGCAGCCUGGAGAGAGCCAGGACUGGGAGCUUCUUAAAGCACAAACUCUGCAGCAGGCCUGAGCGCUCUGAGCUCGUCCGUAUGCACAUCCUACAAGAGACGCAGGCCGAACCCUCCCUGCAGGCCACACAGAUGAAGCUGAAGAGGGCCAGACUGGCUGAUGAUCUCAAUGAGAAGAUCUCCCAGCGGCCUGGACCCAUGGAGCUGGUGGAGAAGAACAUCCUGCCUGUGGACUCUGUUGUAAAAGAAGACAAUGAUGGUGAAGAGUCAAAACGCUCUAAGCCUCCAGAUAUUUACAACUUCGAUGAAGACAGCAGUGAUGUCUUAUCACCACAACAGCCUGCCAGCCAACAAUCUCCCAGCUCUACCUCCGCCUCUCCAAGGGAGUCUGGAGCGACUGAGACCACUUCUACUUCUUCUAACUUAAACUCCCCCAUACAGCACUCCCCAACACCUAACACACAGUCCACAUCAGACGUGGUCAGCCUCAUCUGUGAGCAACAAAGCAAGCAACAAGCAUCUACACCUCAGCCAGUCACCACUGUUGUCCCCAGUGUCACACUGGGGCCACUUCUGGUGAAGCAAAGCCUGCCCAAGCCAGCCGGCGAUAAAAGCCGCAGCAAAAAGAGCAAAGAGCCCAAACCACGGGUGAAAAAGUUAAAGUACCAUCAGUACAUCCCCCCGGACCAAAAGCAGGAGCUCAAUGAAGUGCUGAUGGACUCGGCUUACGCUCGCCUCCUGCAGCAGCAGCAGCAGUUCCUGCAGCUUCAGAUCCUAAAUCAGCAGCAGCAGCAGUACAGCUACCAGGCCGUCCUGCCCGCCACACUCAAACCAACAACUGAGGUACAAACCAGCUGUUCCACUGUUGUUCUAAAUGGAAACACUGCGUCUGCUCCUGUGCAGGCCCGGCACACUCAGACGAACCGCAAGCCGGAUCAUUUACCAGCUAAUCUGGAUGAGAUGAAGGUUGCCGAGCUGAAGAUGGAACUAAAACUCAGAUCUUUGCCUGUUUCUGGGACUAAGACAGAUCUGAUAGAGAGGCUGAAGCUGUAUCAGGAGAACUCUAACAUCCAGACUAUUGAAGCAACAGCCGCCACAGCAGCCUCACAGUCAGAAAACACAAAGUUAACACCUCCUGUGUCCCCUAUCGCCUCCAAAGUGUCCAGUCUGGGCAUAGAGGAUAGCAGUAUGGCGGACAGUCCCACCAAGCAUUCAGAUGCUCUGUCUCCAACUCACACUGCUCCCUGUGUGAACUCACCACAGAGAGCUCCACAGGAGGAGUGUCCCACUGAAACAAGGUCCUAUGCGAAGGACUCUGAGAAGGACAAGCGUCUCCACGAGAAGGAGCGUCAGAUCAAGGAGCUAAUGAGGAAGCUGGAGCAGGAGCAGAAGCUGGUGGAGGAGCUGAAGAUGCAGCUGGAGGUGGAGAAGAGGAGCCAGCAAGGAGAUUCUCCACCUCAGCUCAGCCCUCUUGCUCCCAUCCAGGUCAAAGAGGAAAAUCGGACCUCACCGACCUGCUCAGCGUCCUGUAGCUCUCCCAGUCUGCCAGUGUUGAUCAAACAAGAGGAGGUGGCAGAUCAGUGCCAUUUGGCUGCUCACAAUCAGUUCAUCAUCAGCCACCAGGCUAUCAAGCAGCCCGAAAGCCUGCAGCCAGUCCAGGCUGGAGCUCAGAUCCUCCUGCCUGCAUCCUGUCCUGCCUCAGCAGUCACUAUCCAGCUCCCUGCCAACAGCAUUAAAUUACACACUACUGUUAGCAGCGCAGCCCCAGGCCUCAUCCAGACCUCUGGACAGGUGCCACAGAAAAUAGAGGCCUCAGCAGCAUUACAACAGCAAUGCAGCAAUCAGACUCAGCCUCCGACAAAGACUUGGAGGAUGGGCAGCACAGCACAAAGCUUACUCAACACAUUCCCAGUGAGUGGAUGUCCUGCGGGAGCCUCCUCUAGCCAAGCCAGUCCUAAAGAUCCUGCAACUAAGUCUCCCUGUACCAGCCAGCCAAGUUUGAUCUUGCCAAAAUUCACAAACCACGUGUCAAAGUGUAAAGACCCGCCCCGCUAUGAGGAUGCAGUUAAACAGACACGCAGCAUGCUAACAGCUGUUCAGGGGCCCACUGCAGCCAGCCAGCAGAUGGACGACUUGUUUGAUGUGUUAAUUGAGAGCGGUGAGAUCUCCCCGUUCAUCAGACAGGAUCCUCCCAGCCUAGACAAGCCUCUCCCUGUGACAGCCAGUGUAACCACCCUUCCCAUCAACACAGUGUUAUCCCGCCCUCCACCCGUGGUCCAAGUGGCCCAGCCGCCCUCGGCGCAGCUCAACCCCUCGGCCAGCCUGGCGGCCCUGACCUCCGACGCCCAGCUGGAAACCCUCCUGGGCGCUCAAACCGAGCCGCAGAGCUCGCUUAAGCUGAUGGAGGAGCUACACUCACCUGUGGAUACCAUGGAGGUGGACUUUAAUAAAAGCACAUCACCCUCUGCUUUGAACUUGCACAGCUCCAAUAUGGACAAUAUGGAUUGGCUGGACUUUACACUGUCUGUGCCAGCAGAGGGGGCCAACCCUUUGGACAUGUCAACGCCAGUGGGCGUCUUCUCCUCUGACUUCCUGGACUCACAUGAACUGCACUUGAACUGGGUCUGACUGAUGUCAAGGAGAAUUCUUACACCCAUCAGACAGUUUCAGAUAUUUUUUUUUUUUUUACGCAAAGGACAAAAGCUUUUGUUUCCUGUAUGGAAAAAAGAGCUUUCAGAGGUUGGGGCAGCUCUGCUUUGCAUUCUGGUCGUAUACAUCAGCUCAGUAAUAAUCUAAUUGUGCUGCAUCAGUUUGGAAAUUCCUGCGUUGCUCUUUUUGAGGUCUCUGAUUGUAGACUGGCAUAAAGUAUGACUGGUACUGGCAGACUGAGCUGACAGUGGAAGUAGCUUUAAAAUUUCAAUCUUAAAUUAUGCCACAGAUUUGUUAUCAAUCUGUUCUCAUGUUAUUGCUUUCUCUUUGUCGUCUGAUCAUAAUGAAUGUACAGUGUUACGUCGUCUGACAUAAUAACUGAAGGAGCAGGAAUCAGUCCUAAUGCUGGUUCAAUAACUAACAGACGAACGCUGCAUGUAGCUGGGGGCUGCCAUGUCAUGUAGUUCACUUCACUCUUGUCUUGGAAUGAUAACCUCUAUCACAACACAUUGUAAACACACAUGUUCCAUGUGUAUAUGUUGAUUGUGAAGCAUACGCCAGAUGUACCACUGCACACGCUGACCAAACCAGCAUGACCAACCAAGUAUUUACUGCUUCUGAAUGUCCAGUGUGCAUCUGUACAUUGUGUAAAAUAUACUGCACAUGCUUUUUUGUACAGCCAAUAGUCCUACGAGCUUAAAAGGUAGAACCCUUACGACCACUUAUGAGCAAUUUACCAGGCCCUGUAAAGACUGUAUCUAAAUCAAUCAUGAUAAAAUGUUCUUGCGACAUCAUUCUUUGACUCUUAAAGGGUUUGAAAUGACUUAAUUGAGUUAAGGUCAACUCGGUUUUUGUUUAGGUAGUUUAUUAUUAAGUGUAGAAAUGGCAGGACAUACCAGACAGUAAUCUCUGUGUGCAGCAUCACAAUGCAACAACAUACAUGCAGUACAGACACAUCUUACAGAAUGAACAACUUCUCAUUUUAGUUAUUCAAUCACCUCACAUAGAAAUAAGAAUACAUUGCAGUCGAUUUGUACUGUAGUGACAUCUGCUGGCCACAUCUGAAUCUAAUCAGCUCGAGCAAGCAAAGUCUCCUGUCUGAAUGUUUUUUACUUAUUUCUUUUUUAUCAUAGCAAAUGGCAAAAGAUGACUUCUGGUAUGAAGAAAAUAGCAUUUGGUGUCAAAGUAGCCAUUUUACACAACAUGAUGCACCACAACAGGAUAGUUUGUGGGCAGUGGGUUGUGUGUGUUUGAGCAUAAAGGUCGCUACUAUUAAGAAUUCACUGUCUGGCUCUGCAGGUUAUCCAGUGCAGACAAACUCAUCUGAAUGUUGAGGGAUUUUUUGUGAAAAGGACUUAAAAGCUUUUUCUUUUCUUUUUUUCCUGUCAGCACAUUCGUGCCUCAUGAGGCAAUCCAAAUGUCAUCCUGUCAGGGGAUUAUGUGCUGGAAUGAGAAAUAUUUUGCCUUUACUAUACUAGUAAAACGAAACAAUUUUGUAUUGAGUAAUCUUUUUUUAAAUAUUAUCUUAACUGGUGUUGUCUUCUAAACCGAAUACCUGCCUCCUCGAGCCCUGACCAUCAAAGCUUUAAAGGUCUCUGGUCAUUCCUGAGACCUACAAGCUGAAUAUUGUUUUUGACACUGUCCCUUCUAACUGACGCUGUCCCCACUAGCUUUAAGACUGUUGUGGUUGAACUUUCUGGUAACACUUUACUUGAAGGUGUCUACAUAAGGGUGACAUGACACUGUCAUGAACUUGUCAUAAACAUUAUGUACAUGUCAUAAACGUUUAUGACUGCUGUCAUUAAAUGUCGUCGCCAGAAGUUGUCUUUGUCAUGACAAGUUGACAUUAGAUUGGUUUGGGAUGUCCUUACUAUGACAACUUGACAUUAACAUAAAGACAUCUUCUGGUAAUGUCAUCCUGGUUAAUGUCAAAUUGUCAUUAUAAGGACAUCCCAAACCAAUUUAAUGUCAGCUUGUCAUGACAAAGACAACUUCUGAUAAUGUCGCUUUGAUUAAUGUCAAGUUGUCAUAAUCAAGACAACCCAAACAAUGUCAACUUGUCAUUACAAAAAACGAAUGACACUUAAUGACAGCAGUCAUAAACGUUUAUGACAUGUACAUAAUGUUCAUGACAGGUCCAUGACCGUGUCACGUCAUAGUUAUGACAGUGUCAUGUCACUCUUAUAUACCUAUGAGUAAAGUGUUACCAACUUUCUCUUAAGAAACCACACCCUGGGAAAACAACCUUUCACUUUCAGUCCCUGUCAGAAAGGGCUGAAGGCAAGGCAGUGCAACAUCUUCAGAAAGCAUUGAGCAUACGACUGGAUCCAUGAGACGAGUGUGAGGGUUUGGGAACAAAUGUUUUGAUAUAGUUUUGCUGUUGUUAAAGGUGGUCACUGUUUACGUCAAUUAAUCAACAUUAUUUGCCAUUUUUUGAGUCUUCGUUCAGCAGAGGCAUGCGAGAAAAACAUUCUCUUUACAAAUUCCAGGUAACACGGCAUGAGUAAUUGAUUUCAGGACUAGUACCUGUUACCAUUAUCCUCCUGGCAGGUCAGUCCAAGUCUCAGUGAAUCUAUGUUUGUCCUGCCGACGGGGAUACAGUAAACUCAUUGAAAACUCUCUCUCAUCUCUCUAACCGUCUGUUUGUUUGUUGCCAGAGUUACAUAAGAAUUCACGCUAUAUGCCGAACUCUCUGCCUAGUUUCUCCUACUUUUUUCACUCAGGCUUCUCCGUGCUGGAUCAUUAGCCAUCCUGGGACUUCUCUCUCUGUCCUGGCCGUUUGUGCCACAUUCCAGAUGUUUUGGAUUGUCUUUAUUCAGCCUCACCUCUUGUCUCUCUUUACCCCAUGUGUGUCCUUGUUUCUCUCUCCCCACUGCUUCUUCCAUUAUUGUCCCCAUUAAAGACUUUUUGGAGGAAGUUUUGCCUUAUUUGAAUCGAGGGUCUAAGGACAGAGGGUGUCAUAAUGUUAUACAUAUUGUAAAGCCCCCUGAAGCAGAUUUGUGAUAUUGGGCUGUAUAGAUAAAAUCGACUUGACUUUGUAUGAGUUUUACACACAGUGUUUUUAUGUUAGUCAUUUUGUAAAUACAGAGAUUAUUUGGGAUUUCACCACAAGCCUAUGACCAACCCCAUUAUGCCAUUUCCCCUUUUGUGCUUCUAAUAAAAACUAUACAUACAAGAAGACUUA